AUGGCCCUUCAGGAAGACGAAAACACCUGGGUGUUAGAGCUAGAGGCAGCAUUGCUCGACACAGAAGCACCAUCUGCAUCUGACAUAUAUGCCAUUUGUAAAGGCCAGUCGGUUCCUACAAAUUUAAGACCAGACGUCUGGCUGGCUUGCCUCUACGUUACUGAUCGAAGUGAUCAAUUGAGCCAGUUUAAUGAGGUUUACGAUUUACCUGAGCAAAAUAUAAUUCGCGACGAUUGUCAACAGUUAGUUGCAAAACUUGGGAACGAUGAUGAAGACAAAGUUUCUGUAGUUUCGGAUCUUGAAUCUAUACUAACAUUUUAUUGUAAGAGUAAAUGUAAACAAUAUGAAAGAGGAAAUGGGUGGCUAGAAUUAUUAGGUCCUUUAAUAGCUUUAAAAUUACCGCGCGCUGCGACUUAUAAUCUCUUUGAGGCAAUAAGAGAUAUCUAUAUUCCAAGAGGCGAAACAUAUAGCUCAGUUUUGAGAUUGUUGCUUCUCUAUCACGAGCCAGAACUGUGUUCCUUUUUGGAUACAAAAAGAAUAUCACCCGAUCAGUAUACAAAAGUAUGGAUGAAUACCCUUUUUGCUGGUGUUUGUUCAUUGCCAGCGAUCUGUACAAUGUGGGAUCUAUAUUUCAUGCAAGCUGAUCCAUUUUUUAUGCUGUUUCUCUCACUUAUCAUGGUUAUAAAUGCUAGAGAGCAAAUUUUGAGUAUGAAAGACGAAGACAAGCAAAGUAUAAUAGAUGCCAUAGCCGUAAUGCCCUGUGCUUUGGAAGCAGAAGAUGUAACAGAUUUCUGUUCCCUGGCACAGUAUUACGCGAUGAAGACACCAACAUCUUUUAAACAAGACUUGUAUCCCAUAAUGUUUGGUGACAGCUCCGACGAAAAGUUAAUAUCCCAUGCAUUAUGUUUACCUGUAUCAGCGCAAGAAUUAGUAGAGAACGCGAUCGAACCUCCAUCUGUAUCUAACAGCACUGUUGAGACUGUCAGAUUCUUUCUCGUGGAUUGCAGACCUGCCGAACAAUAUAACGCAGGUCACUUACCAACAGCGUUUCAUCUCGAUUGCAAUUUAAUGUUGCAAGAACCUGCCGCAUUUGCUACCGCUGUACAAGGCUUGCUACAAGCUCAACGUCAAGCACUAGCUGUCGGUUCGCAAGCUGGUGGAGAACAUCUUUGCUUUCUGGGAAGUGGUAGACAAGAGGAAGAUCGCUAUACGCACAUGGUAGUGGCAUCUUUUUUACAAAAACAUACACAAUACGUCAGCAUGAUUACCUCUGGAUAUCAAGCCAUUCAUGAAUAUUUUGGCGAUGAAGUAGUGUCAAGUCUUGUAGAUCACAAUUCGCAACAUUGUCUAGUGUGUAAUGCUAAUGUGUUAGAAGAAAAUUCGAAUGAGGCGAGCCCCGUUAAAGUAAAAAACAACAAUUCUGAUCUUUUGGGGAAGAUUGGACUAGCUAUGAAACUAAAGAGUCAGGAAGUAAAGGGAAAGCUAUUUGAUUAUAUUGUCAAUCCAACGGCAAACGUUAAUAGCAAUACAGAAAAGAGAGAUAGUAAAGACUUGGACGAUAUUAGACGUCAGAGAAAGACCGCACCUGUAUUUAGUAUAGACGAUGAUCAAGAGAUAGAUAUGACGAUGACUAAUAAUGAAAGUGAAGAACCCAUCGAAGUAGUAUCUAUACAACAAUGGAUGAAAAAUCCUAAAUUAUUACAUUCCUUUAAAUGUCAAGAGGUGAAAGUUAAUGGUGAUCUCUGUGAUAGUCAACUUUUGGUUACCGAUAGUCAUCUUAUAGUAUUGCGAGAAAUUCCGGAGCGGAAAGGUGCCGCUCACGUAAUCGUAAAACGUCCUUUAACAAGCAUUGUCAAAAUAACAUCAAGAAAGCGGCACGCCGAUCUAAUAACUUUUAAAUAUGGUACAACACAAUAUAAUGACACAGUUAUUUCCGAUAUGGAUAAGUUUCUUAUACCUAAUGCAAGUGAAGCGACUAAGUUAAUUACACAACAGAUCAUGAGACAAUUGAAAACGUCUGAUUAAUAUUAUAGAUACGUAUUUUACAGAACCAUUUUACACUAAUGUACAUAUAUUAUUAAGUUUUAUGGCGAGCAAUUUUCUUAAAAAAAAAUUCGAUAUAAACAUUGUAUUUGA